ACGAGUGAGGCUGCACUUGUGGAUGCGGAAUGUGAUGCAAAUGAGGGGGCGGAGAAAAAGGAGGAGGAGACGAAAGAGGAAGAUGAUGAAGAGGAGUCUGAUGCGUAUGCGGAGGCCGAGUCGGUGAUAAUGGGUCACUUGACGGCACUUGCAGCUACGCUUCUCGACGUCGGCAAAUCGUGUUGA